UAGACUAGCUUCCUCUUUCUUGAUAAACUUGGUGCAACAUAUGUUUGUCAAAAACAUAAAGAACAUGGUGUAACUCCAGCUGGUGAAACCCAGAGGUUCUCCUGAAAACCAACCUUUAAAGGGCCGUGUUUGGUCUAAGACUGAAUUUUUUAUUACUCCAUCAUGAUGAAGAAGUUCAGUGUAUUUGCAGCUCUGCUUGUUGCUGUUUUCAGCAAGGAAGUCUUUCAUGGGCAUCAGGUGUUAAGGAUUGUGCCAAAAGAUGAUGUCCAGAUGUCCCUUAUCAAACUCUUGGAAGACAUAUUGGAAUUGGAGCUGGACUUCUGGAGAUGGGUGGCGCCUGUGGAUGUAAGAGUUCCCUCUCACAGCCUUAAGGCUGUCAUGACCUACUUGGAGAGUCACAACAUCAAGUACUUCCCAGUGAUCAAAGACCUGCAGGUUUUGCUGGAUGCAGAAGAGAAGCAAAUGAGAACUACUGCUCCUGCCAUUGACACUGAAAGCUUUGACUACUCAAACUACCACACUCUCAGUGAGAUCUACAGUUUCCAGGACAUGCUGGUGGCAGAGAAUCCGAAGUUGGUCAGCAAGAUAGUGAUCGGUCAAAGCUAUGAACGUCGCCCACUUAAUGUUCUCAAGUUCAGCACUGGUGGAAGCAACCGUCCUGCCAUCUGGAUCGACACUGGAAUCCAUGCCAGAGAGUGGGUCACUCAGGCUAGUGGUGUCUGGUUUGCAAAGAAGAUUGUGACUGAUUAUGGAAAGGACCAAUCUCUCACUGCCAUCCUCAACAGAAUGGACAUUUUCUUAGAGAUUGUGGUCAACCCUGAUGGAUACCAGUACACCCACACCAGAGACCGUAUGUGGCGUAAGAAUAGGAGACCAAACCGUGGCUCCAGGUGUGUCGGCGUAGACCUGAACAGGAACUGGAAUGCUGGUUUUGGAGGGCAAGGUUCCAGCAGAGAUCCUUGUUCAAACAUCUACCACGGCGCCAGAGCUCAUUCUGAACCUGAAGUCAGUUCCAUUGUAAACUUUCUGAGAUCGCAUGGCAACAUCAAGGCCUUCAUUGCCAUCCAUUCCUACUCACAGAUGCUCUUGUACCCUUAUGGCUAUACAAGGGUCCCUGCAAAAGAUAAUGCUGAGCUGAAACAAGUGGCUCAAAAGGCAGUCACUGCUCUGACCUCUUUGUAUGGCACUCCGUAUAGAUAUGGUAGCAUCAUCAGCACUAUCUACCAAUCUAGUGGUGGUUCCAUUGACUGGACCUACAACCAGGGAAUCAAGUACUCUUACACCUUUGAGCUGAGGGACACUGGCAUCUUCGGCUUCAUCCUCCCUGCCAAUCAAAUCAUCCCCACUGCAAACGAGACAUGGCUGGCUCUGAAGAGCAUCAUGGAUCACACCUUCAAGAACCCAUACUGAGAGAAAUAUGCAGAGUUAUGGCAAAUAACGUGUGGCUAUCCGGCUUUUGGCAUGCAUACUUUUGGAGUAUUAUAGGGAAAAAUAAAAAUGCAUACUGAAAAA